AGCUCCAACUCAUAUACGAGCUGUGCUCGUAUGUACUGUCCACAUCUCAAAGAACUGAGCUCAUAAGGGCCACACUAUCAAUGCUGCACGCUUUCCUCUCAAGGGAUCCUUUGGGUUACAUUUUUGAAUCUCCAUUGCUGGAGAUGCUCCUGAAGAUUUUCCGCGUGCCAUUGUAUCGGAAUCUCAUUCUUCAAUGCCUUACAGUGGUGGCCACCCUCAAUUAUGGAGGUUUCAACCGCGUACAAUAUGCGAACAUGUAUAAUAGAUUCAUGGUGCAGUUACGGGAUAUAUUUCCUCCCACUGCAAACAUCCCAGAGGCUUAUGCACAUGGUUCUAGUGAGGAGCAGGCAUCUAUCCGAAACGUGGCUUUGUUUUUAACUUCAUUUUUUAAGGUUCACGCUAGGAUAUUGGAGUCUACUCAGGAGAAUGUGGCAUUUUUGCUGCUGGGUCUACAGUACCUCAUAAACAUCUCAUAUGUAGAUGAUGUUGACGUCUUCAAGGUUUGCCUAGAUUACUGGAACGCCUUGGUUGUGGAGCUUUUUCAGGCAUCCAAUAAUUGGGACAAUUGUGCUGGGACAGCGAAUAUGAUUGCACUGCAGAUGCCUCGGAUUCCUCUUGGCCCAGAUUCCCAACCCCUGCAGCGGCCACAGCUUUACGCCGACACUAUGCACAAGUUGAGAAUGCUAUUGAUCUGUCGUAUGGCAAAGCCUGCAGAAGUUCUCGUUGUUGAAGGUGAAAAUGGUAACAUUGUUCGCAUGACAAUGAAGGACGACGAUGUUCCCAUCCAAUCCAAGAAAAUGAGAGAGACCUUGUUCUACUCGUCACACCUUGAUCACAAGGACCCUGAAAAGCAGAUGCUGAAGAAGUGAAGUAAACGGUUGAGUGGUAAGGAUUGGCCACGGAAUACUUAAAGAACAUUGUGCUGGGCAAUCGUCUCUAUAUCUGGGUCCACGAUGGAGAAACAGAUAUUACUUGAACUCCUCUUGAUGUGGGGGACAACGAUUUAUUCACCACUUUCUAGUCAGAGACAUCUCUAUCAUAUGGUUUCUUAACAUAGAUUGACUUCUUGGAGUCGAGAGAUUAUUGCGGCAUUGAUAUCAAUGAUAAUGCCAGAUGCCAUCCCAUUAGUUGCUCUCAUGGAAGGUUUUUCAUGUUUGGCCGAGUUGGAAUUUCACGCAAUCUUCAGUUCAGUGAAUGAUGCAUCGGUCUUCUUACUGUUAUGAUACCUGUUGAGAAUAAGAUAACUUGAAAGCUUGUAAACUAAUGUCUCACUUUCUCUUGUACUCUUUCAUCCUCUUCUUCCUCGUAAAGAUAUUAGAUGACUCUUCAUUGGGACACCAAUAUGCUUUUUCUG